CACAAAAAGAAUUAUUCAAAUUGCCCAAAUAAUGAGCUUAUUUCAAUAGAAGAGGUGCAAACUGGACACUCAUAGUGGACCGGAGGAAGUACUAGCAAAGGAAAAAGAAAUCCUAAAUUUUCCGGGUGGCAACAUUUGGCAACWCGCGACGGGAAAAAGUUAACCCCCUCCUGAUUUAUCACAAACCUUUGCUCUUAAAUCUACUUCUUCAGUUUCUUCAGACUCGCUUAUUUUCUUGACACAGUCCUAUUGUAUCCUAUGGUGCGUACGAGUACUACGAGAUUCGCUACUCUGUACAAGACUGAAGACGUUACGAGUACUACAAAUCGGAAUUUCGGAAAGAAACCGAUACAGUGACUUACAUUACGUACAAGUUCCAUAAGUACGUGUCAGUACUUUACUUCUAAUUACUACUGGUAUCCGCAAACAAAUUUGCUGGACCUUUUUUCCUGUGAUCUUCGAUACAGUACUUCAAGGUGUUCUAACGAAGCUUUGCGUUUUACCUUGGCUUUGUUGCGACCUUGUUGCAGGCAUUACAUAUAAUAAAAGCGUCUAUUUGCGAGAAUUAUGAAUGCUUUGACGCUUUCAUCAGUGCUAUUCUCGUCCUCGCUGUUGCUGGUGGUUGCAAAUGCACUCGUCGCAUCAGGGAGGCCAACCAUCAGCAAGAAUGCUUUGUUGACACAACACGCUGGUYYUGGCGGAGGUAUUGUCUCCAACUUUUGGACUCGGAUACCACGAGGUGGAUCUGUUCGCAAUCGAAAACAAAAAUUGUUGCACGAAGGAACACCAUUAAUAUUCACUGCUGUUGCUGCUACCGAUGUCGACGAAAACUACAAGCCGAACGUUUUCCCCAAAGAGGACGAUGAGAAUACCUUUCUCGGAGAAAUAUUGAAAGCGAACUUUUUGUUUGAUGACUUCACCACAUACAAGAAUGCAGAAAAUGAUGAUAUGUCGGAAGUCAUCGCGUCCUUCGAAAAGUGCACCUACGACGAAGGGUAUUUGUUGUGCGAACAAGGAGAUACAGAAGAUACAGACUACAUGUAUGUCAUCGCCGAAGGUAGUUGUAAAAUUUCCAUCGAUGGUAAAAAACUUCCAAAGCCGUACGGAACGAUGGGUUCUGGUAGCUUGAUCGGAGAUUUGGCAAUGUUGCACGGAACCCCUCGAGCGGCCACAGUUCGCACUAUGACGCCUGUAACUCUUUUUCGAUUGCAUCGCAAUGAUUUCUAUCAUUUCUUAGAGAAAUUUUCUGGCAAGGUCAAGGACAAAAAUACAAAAUCAUUGGCAGUUUCAAGGAAAGAGGAAAURCAAAAACAGGUGAAAGAAAUCGAUCAUAUUAUUGAUCAAAUCAGCGGAGUGAAAUCGAAAUUUCAGGGAGAYAUCAUUCGUCAAUUUCAGCCGAAUCGUAGGUGGUUAUGGACGCGAUGGCGAGGAACCAUUAUGCAGCAUGCGUGGAAAUCGGCUCUAGGCAAUAUGGCCUUGAGUAUUUUCUUUAUGGUUGCUAUAAGAUUUGCAAGCGAUCAAUCRCUUACAUGGCCCAUCGGUAAGAGAAAUUAUUUCUACAACAGUAAUAAAUUGGUAUCAAACACGAAGUAGAAAUAUUGUUCUACAGGAUCUGAGAUGACAAUGUAUUGAAGACUGAGAAGUUCUCAACAUUUCCUCUUUACUUUACAUUAUAGGUGCCAUUCCCGAUCCGGAGCACCCUUUGAUUGUUCGAUUGAAAGGUUUGCACAAACUGUGGUGAGUAGCAAUCAGACUAAAAGUGCAUGUAGUUUCAAUCACAACUCAUUGAACUCCUCUCAACCAUAUCUUUUCUCACUGUAUAACAGGGGUUACACCAUGUCGAUCACAACGAUGAUCCUCUCCUUUUACCUGAAUAAGGCAUAUGGUUUGUGGCGUGAUAUUUACGUAAAGGGGAGAAUAAUACAAGGAAGACUAAAUGACAUCUCGAUGGUGUUGGGUAAGUCAUUUUCAUCUCGCUUGUUUUGAAUGAAUGGAUACUGGGGAUUACAUUGCCUCACAGUAACGAUGGAAUUUCCGGCCGUUUUCGUUUUGAUAAUAAACUUUGUUAACGUUAGCAUGUGCGGCUGAACGCGAUCCAAGAACAGGAAGAUUCACAGACAGAGCUAGUUCCAUGUUAGAGGAUGUUGCCAUGUCUUGCCGUUUGAGCCACGCUUUUUCCUGGGCGGGCUUCAUCAAACGCUUUAGUGUUUUGUUAACGCCCCCGGGUCUUAGUAGGAUGUUAAGUCGGGGCGUCAUGACACGUUCCCAAUACGAUACCUUAGUUCAUAUCCGUCCAAGCGAAUGUGCCCCGCAACACGUAACAUUGAUGUGGAUCAUGUCUCGGAUUUUUCAAGGUAUGAGAGAUGGAGUCAUUCCUGAUGACAACGCAACAAAAUCUGUGUUGAUGAAUAAAAUUUGCGAUAUUAGAGGCACUUUAGGAGGGUUGGGAGAUUCUCUCGACGCAAAGAUACCCCUGGCUUAUGCACAUUUGGUCCAGGUGAUGGUGGACGUCUUUCUAACGAUGGCACCAUUUGCUUUGUACUCUGAACUCGGAAUUUGGAGUGUUUUUGCCGUAGGGGUGUUGAAUAUUUUUUAUAGUGGGAUGAACGAUCUAUCCAAAAUCUUGCUCGAUCCGUUGGAUAAUUGCGAUGGAAGUUUUUAUCAAGAUUCCUCCAUGAAUAUGGAUGUCGGAGUCUUGAUUCGAGAAAGUAACGAUGGGUCGAAUCGAUGGAAAGCCGGGCUCCAGGAGCUCCCAUUUGAGUAUGGCUCAAAGUAAUUUUGAAAGAAGGAAAGAAAGAAUUCAGGUGGGCGUGAUCAUCGGARAAUAUUUCCAACCUAAAAGUUUAUGGCGAAAUUUACUACAGUGGGAAAUGARUUUUCACAUA